UGGCGCGUCACCUCGACGUCAGCCUCUCACCUCUCGGACGUCCCGUCCCGGGAGCAAAACUCCGGCGACUUUGAGCUCCGCCCCCGUGAGAGUGGGAGGCGGCCAAUAAGGGCGGUCCUAAGGAGCCCCGGGGGCCAAUGAGACGAGCUCGGGGCGGGGCGCGAGGCCGGGGGGCGGGGCGGGCGGCGGCCGUGGCCGCCGGAGGUCUGGCCUGCGCGCAGUAUAUGACAGUACGUCAGCAGCGGGAUGGCCGUAGCUGUGGCGGCGGCUGCAGACGCCCGAGCAGCCGCGGCCGCAGUGGAGGCUGAAGCCCGAGCGGCGUCGGCGGCGGCACCCCGGGGAGUUUAAGAUGGCGGCGGGGGGGGCGGCGGCAGCGGCGGCGGGCCUGCGGGAGGAGCAGCGUUACGGGCUGUCGUGCGGGCGGCUGGGACAGGACCACAUCACCGUACUGCAUGUGAAGCUCACCGAGACGGCGAUCCGCGCGCUCGAGACCUACCAGAGCCACAAGAAUUUAAUUCCUUUUCGACCUUCAAUUCAAUUCCAAGGGCUCCAAGGGCUUGUCAAAAUCCCUAAAAAUGAUCCCCUCAACGAAGUGCAUACCUUUAACUUCUAUUUGUCAAAUGUGGGUAAAGACAACCCUCAGGGCAGCUUUGACUGCAUCCAGCAAACUUUCUCCAGCUCUGGAGCCUCCCAGCUCAAUUGCCUGGGAUUUAUACAAGAUAAAAUUACAGUGUGUGCAACAAAUGACUCGUAUCAGAUGACCCGAGAAAGAAUGACCCAGGCAGAGGAGGAGUCCCGCAACCGAAGCACAAAAGUUAUCAAACCCGGUGGACCGUAUGUAGGGAAAAGAGUGCAAAUUCGGAAAGCUCCUCAAGCUGUUUCAGAUGCAGUGCCUGAGAGGAAAAGGUCAACACCCAUGAACCCUGCAAAUACGAUUCGCAAGACACACGGCAGCAACAGUGUCUCUCAACGGCCGUAUCGGGACAGGGUGAUUCACUUGCUGGCACUGAAGGCCUAUAAGAAACCUGAGCUGCUGGCCCGGCUGCAGAAAGACGGUGUCAAUCAGAAAGACAAGAACUCCCUCGGAGCCGUUCUGCAGCAGGUAGCCAAUCUGAAUCCUAAGGACCUCUCAUACACCUUAAAGGAUUAUGUUUUUAAAGAGCUUCAAAGAGACUGGCCUGGAUACAAUGAAAUAGACAGACGGUCAUUAGAGUCAGUGCUCUCAAGAAAAUUAAACCCAUCUCAGAAUGCUGCCAGCACCAGCCGUUCAGAAUCUCCUGUAUGUUCUAGUAGAGACACUGCAUCUUCUCCUCAGAAACGGCUUUUGGAUUCAGAUUUCAUUGAUCCUUUAAUGAAUAAAAAGGCUCGAAUAUCUCACCUGACAAAUAGAGUGCCGCCAACAUUAAAUGGCCAUUUGAAUCCCACCAGUGAAAAAUCCGCUGCAGGCCUCCCGCCGCCCCCUGCAGCCGCUGCCAUCCCUACUCCUCCACCGCUGCCUUCAACCCACCUGCCUGUCUCCAACCCGCCUCAGACUGUAAAUUCUAACUCCAAUUCCCCUAGCACUCCAGAAGGCCGGGGAACUCAAGACCUACCUGUUGACAGUUUUAGUCAAGAUGGUAGUAUCUAUGAGGACCAGCAAGACAAAUAUACCUCUAGGACUUCUCUGGAAACCUUACCCCCUGGUUCAGUUCUACUAAAGUGUCCAAAGCCUAUGGAAGAAAACCAUUCGUCUCACAAAAAGUCCAAGAAGAAGUCUAAAAAACACAAGGAAAAGGACCAAAUAAAAAAUCACGACGUUGAGAUGAUUGAGGAAAAGGAAGAGGACCUUAAAAGAGAAGAGGAAAUUGCCAAGCUGAACGACUCCAAUCCGGAUUCCAAUGAAGGAGUUAAAGAGGAUUGUACUGCCUCCACGGAGCCUUCUUCAACAAUUGAACUCCCAGAUUAUUUGAUAAAAUAUAUUGCCAUCGUCUCCUACGAGCAACGCCAGAAUUACAAGGAUGACUUCAACGCUGAGUAUGAUGAAUAUAGGGCCUUGCAUGCCAGGAUGGAGACUGUGGCUAGAAGAUUUAUCAAACUGGAUGCACAGCGAAAGCGCCUUUCUCCAGGCUCAAAAGAGUAUCAGAAUGUUCAUGAAGAAGUCUUACAAGAAUAUCAGAAGAUAAAGCAGUCUAGUCCCAAUUACCACGAAGAAAAAUACAGAUGCGAGUAUCUUCAUAACAAGCUAGCUCACAUCAAGAGACUAAUAGGUGAAUUUGACCAACAGCAAGCAGAGUCAUGGCACUAGAGCUCUGCUUGGACCAGAAGAUGUGAAUAAACUUAAGCUUAUUUAUUUAAAAUUCCAAAUGAGUUGCUCUCAAAAUUCUAAAAAAUGAAACUUUGCCUGUUGAAAGUUUCAGUAUUAGUAAACUUGAGUUAUCUUUUUUUUUUUUUUUUUCUUGUUUUCCCAUUUACUUUGCUUCCUUGCAUUUUUGAAGCUGCUUUUUCUGGUCCUUUCUUCCCCUUUAAGACUUGUGUUUGUCAAUAGAAAUAAUUUUUUUUAGAUAUUGGGGAUCCAGUGUCUGUACUUCAAAUCAAACUUUUUUCCUUAAAAACUGUGUUUGUCAUUAGAAAUGAUUUUUUUUUUAAUUUAAGAUAUUGGGGAUCCAGUGUCCACACUUCAAAGUUACGUAUGUUUAAAAAAAAAAAAAAAAGCAGUAACAUGCAAGGUGAAAUGCUUUUGGAUAAACAUAAGCCUAUUUUCUGACCUUUCUUAAUGCGAACUCUUUGCCUUAAAUGGUAGAACAUUUAGAAAUUUGCACAAAAUA